AUGUUCCUGGCGCGCACGACGGAGAUGAAACCCGUGGUGGAGCGCGGAGCACCGGUGGGGUUUCCGAGAAUAAGCGAGUACACGGGAGUGAACAGCGGGACAGUGCCUAAGUACAACAACACAGUGGUGCACGUGACUCCUCCAGACGUGACCCUGUGUGUGGGGAACGGCUUCAUCGUUCAUGCUGUAAACUGCGCGUUGGUGGUGUAUGACACAAAGGGGAAGCAGCUCACACGCAUCAUCCCGCAGAACGAGUCGGGGCAGUCCAACAAUACGUUUGACAAGUUCGGGCAGACGAGGAGCAGGGGAAACAUCACGGUGGGAGCGGGGCUCAUAGUGGCCGCAUCAACCACUGACGACCCUACUAAGCCCUGGAACACCUUCUUCAUCCCUGGCUCCACACAUGCCAAUCAUCCUUUCCCAUCCCCUCCCAUCCCCUUCUGUCCCCUCCCGUCCCCUCCCCUUCGCUCCCUUCCCGUCCUGCCUCCUGCCUUCCAAUUUGUAAAUGCUCCUCCCGCCCAUUCCCUUGGUAUCCUUUCCCCUCUCUUCCUCUCGCUUCCCCUUCCUUUCCUCUUGACUCCUCCAUUACCAUUUGUAGAAACCCCUUUUAUCUCUUCCCGCUCCCUCCCGUACCCUCUUGUCCCCUUCCGCCCCCUUCCGUCCCAUUCCAUCCACUUCCAUCUUCCCCUGUCCACUCAAUUACCUUUCCUUACCCUCACUCUUUCGUCCCCUCCUAAGUUGGGCACUUACGUUUUUCGAGGUCUCGGGGAGCUGGGGGGAGGGGAGGGGGAGGAGGAGGAAGGGGAGGGGGAAGGGGAGGAGGAGGAGAAGGAGGAGGAGGAGGAGGAGGAGGAGGAGGAGGAGGAGGAGGAGGAGGAGGAGGAGGAGGAGGAGGAGGAGGAGGAGGAGGAGGAGGAGGAUUUUAUUGCCAUAUCCAAGGCCCAGCUGACUCAGGCAGAGAACGCCACCAUUCUGCGCGUCGUCGUGCCGGCCUCCCCCACUCCCACCAACCCCUCCUGGACCAUUCUCCCUCAGAAGGUCGCAGCAGAUGGCUCAUAUGACCACUCCCACGGCGGCACCAUGUAUUUCGCCUACACCGGCAGCAUCAACCCCCCCGCACCCAACGAGACCCUACUGUUUCCCAACGUCACUGCUAUGGGCACCUUUGCUGUCACCGACACGAUCGCCCUCGGCACACCAGAUGCAGAAAACCGCGUGGAACCGCACUGCGCCGCGGUGUACACCCCGCCGCACGUCCUCCCGCACGCAGUCACCCAAAGGAAGGACCCAUGCCGGUAG